AAUGUGCAGAGUGAGAUAUAGCCACCACCAACUCCACAUACAUUCUUGCUUGAGGUUGAACUUGAAGUUCCUUCUUUAUUAAUUCUAAAACUCUAGACCUGUUCUUCUGCAAUGGCAUCACGCGACUUUCUUGUUUUGGGGAUGUUGCUUCUGGUGUGCCUUGCAAAGGUUUCGUCUGAUGUUAACAUAGAAAAGGAAGAAGAUGAAGAACUGCACUUACCUGAUGAGCCGCUUACUGUGCGAGAUGGGAACCGAAGGCUAAUGCAAGAUAUAGAUUGUGGGGGAUUGUGCAAGUCUCGGUGCAGUGUGCAUUCUCGGCCCAACUUAUGCAAGAGGGCUUGUGGGACAUGCUGUGUGAGGUGCAAGUGUGUCCCACCUGGUACCGCUGGCAACAGAGAACUCUGUGGGACUUGCUAUACUGAUAUGGUCACCCAUGGCAAUAAGACCAAGUGCCCUUAAUCAGAGAUAAACAACCCCAGGCCCAAGCCCAUAUGUCAUGAGUGAUUGGGCCCCUUUGAAUUCCUAGUGUAAAUGGGUGUGUGUUGUUGACUACUUGUUAUAAUCUUAGGCUUUUAAACUUAAGGGUGUGUGUUCUAGUUUUUGUCUAAGUUAUGGUGCGGUAUGUAGUAAAGUAUGUUUUCAACAGUAUGAACUUUGUGCUUUUGAUCGCUUAAUAUAUUUGUUUCAGAUUAUCUCA